AGGAGUCUGGUGAGUAGAACGAUUUGCAAGCUCUGCACAUUCAAUCUGUGCAGAUUUUGACCAAGGAUUCUACAACAUCUUAGUAACUCAUGUCACAGCACAGUAGAAUGGUGGUUAGAGUUCAACCAUUAGUGAAGAUUAUGUUAGUGACUGCCCUUUUUUCUUACAAGCUUCAAAACAGAGCUGAUGCUGCGUUUGAGUUCCAUGUCACAUUGCACGUGUACAACAAUUUGAAUCACACUCUUGGUAUAGCUCCCAACAUUCAAUGCUGCGAUGGAACUGACUCCCCAGACAUGUGUGCCGUGAAUUGUGACAACAAAUUUGUUUUAUGCCUUCGAGAGGCUCAAUUUUCCAAUAUUAUGGGUAUUAGUGAUACAUGCACACAUGGACGAAUUAGCACUCGGCCUGCCAACAGUGAUACGAUUGCAUUUGAGAUGGGAGAUGGAGUAAUUCAACUCUCCCCAUCCAACGCGGAGUCAUCAGCCCCUAACCCAGUAGUUUUUACUGGAGUAUCUUGGCCUGGUGUUGCUCAGUUUGCCAUUGAAGUCAUUGAUGCUGAUGAUCCUAUGGGUGCUGAAAAUGAUGAAUACGUUGAUACUGUGAUUGUUGACUUGUCUAGCCUCACACCUUCUCCCAUCUCAACACCAAUAGCUUCCUAUUCUGGACUGCUGGGACAUGCGAUAUUUAGCAUGGCUUUUCGUUUGGCUUGUUCUGCCAAUUACUAUGGGGCCAACUGCUCAAAGUUUUGUGAGCACAGAUACAAUAGUCUUGGUCACUACAGAUGUGAUACACUGGGGAACAUUGUUUGCAAACCAGGAUACACUGAUGAGAGCACCAACUGUGUACAAUGUGUACCACUUACCAAUUGCUCUUCUGCAGGUGGAUACUGUAACAGUCCUGGGGAGUGUGUUUGUAAACCUGGAUACAACGGCACACUCUGUGAUAUUGAUCUUGACCCUUGUGGUCACAAUGAUCAUUGCCUGCAUGGUGGAAACUGCACUAACAAUGGUCCAAAUAUGUAUCAUUGUUCCUGCCCUGAAAAUUAUGUGGGAGAGAACUGCCACAGAAGCCCUUCGGAGUGCACUGUGGGAAACUGUAUGAAUGGAGGAACUUGUAAGGAUGAUCAUUGCGUCUGUCUAGAGGGAUUUUCAGGUGCCCUGUGCGAAGUGAAUUAUUCCAAACCAGAUAGUAGCCUACUUGUGGUCAUCCUCUCAACUACACUGGUCUUCACGGUCGCAAUAGUGCUCAUUAUCACUGUGAUUGUAAGCUGUGUUGUCAGAGCAACUAAGAGACGAAACAGAGUGCAGAAAAUGAGAAGUGUGGAUGUGCAUGUACCCUCACCAACUGACGAUAUUGAGCUUCAUUGCAACAAUAGCUAUGCUCGUCUGGCUCCACAGCAUAUCGACCAUCCUUACUACUCUGUCAUACCACUCACACAAGAUGGCAAUGGCAAUGGCAAUGGCAAUGUCCGAUCAGACUCUCUACCUCCCAGUGUGCAACUGGCACUAAGGCAACCAAGUGACCCCCAAUACUAUGUGAACGAAGGCCUGGGGCCACCUUCUUCAACAGGUUCCCGAAAGGUUCCACUUCCAAUUCCUAAUGUCAAAGCGAGUUCCAAGACCUGUAAGGCGAGUGUGAAUGAAAACUAUGCCAUCAACACCUCAUCCACUAAUCUGGUAUCAUAAUAAUCAAUUUAUCAUUGCUGAACUUAUAAUUAUUUUAAGCAACAACUAUAACUAUACCAUAAUAAUUAUAUUGACUGUGCGUUUUCUGUAUUACAAAACAAUCAUUGGUUGUGUUCUAUUUUA